CCCAUGCUCCCAUCCAUUUUGUCUUCUCUCCCUUACUCUGAUCAAUCAAAACAAGACUUCUUUUUCAAAUUAUUAUUAUUGUUGUUUUCUUCUUCUUCUUGUUCUUCUUCAUUCCAUAGAAACCAGAUAUCAGUCUCUGAAAAUGGGUACGGGCUGGAGAAGAGCCUUUUGCACGACCAUUUCUAGGGACCCAGAAGACAAUUCUGUUUUGGAAAAGCAGCAGCGUCAUAGUCCAAGAAUUUGUGCCCGGUUGGGGCUUUUCUCCAGUGGAAGCAACUCUUCUACUCCCACUCUGCGUUGCUGGACUGGUAACAGUGAGCCGCCUUCUGUGGAUGAAAGCCCGAGAUUCCAAUGUAGAAAUGCAAACACCCCAAAGGGAGUCCGGACUCCGAAAACUUCAGGCGGGUCGAACCCGUCUUCUCCUCGAUCCUCGCUAAAGCUUUCGCUCUUCAGAAAUAGCUUCAAGUUCAGAAGUAGUUGUGGAAUUUGCUUGAACAGCGUGAAGACAGGGCAGGGCACGGCAAUCUAUACGGCGGAAUGCUCCCACGCCUUUCACUUCCCUUGUAUCGUGGUUCAUGUUCGCAAACAUGGCAACCUGAUUUGCCCUGUCUGCAACACCACCUGGACCGACGUCCCUCUCCUUGCCGCCCACAAGAAUCUCUCCCCUGAAAAUGACCCAGCUGCCUUCGUGGAUGUUGGGGGAAGCACUGUCAUCAACAUUAAGCCCAAUAUUGAAGACAAGAAGAUCAUCCAAUGUUCACCCAGAGCCAUCAAGCCAGAAGAAUCGAAACCGAAAUCUCUGGAAUCGAGAUCCUACGAUGAUGACGAGCCAUUGUUUUCCCCCACAACUGGUGGCCGCUUCAUUCCCAUUCCAGAAGCGGAUGAGAACGUCGAACAAGAAGAGGAAGAUGAUGAGGCAGAGGAAUUCCAGGGGUUCUUCGUCAAUCCCAGUUCUUCGUCCUCCAUCAAAUCCGAUCAAAUCGGUUUUAACGAACCUGAAUUGGGGGGCGUUCAGGUUAGAGUAUUGCCGGAAACGGCAGUCAUUUCUGUCGGCCGCGGGUACGAAACUUACGCGGUGGCUUUGAGAGUGAAAGCGCCACCUCCACCGCUGAAAAAACCAGCAUCGAAGUGUAGCAAUACGGUGUCGCUUUUGGACCCAACUCAUCGUGCUCCUAUUGAUUUAGUGACGGUGCUCGAUGUAAGCCGGAGCAUGACCGGCGAAAAACUCCACAUGCUAAAACGCGCCAUGCGCCUGGUCAUUUCCUCGCUCGGCUCAGCAGACCGGCUCUCCAUGGUGGCCUUUUCGGCUGCCCCUAAAAGGUUGUUACCUUUGCGGAGGAUGACGGCAGAGGGCCAACGCGCCGCCCGACACAUUGUUGAGCGACUUGUGUGCAGUCAAGGCACCAGUGUUGGCGACGCACUGAGGAAAGCCACGAAAGUGCUUGAAGAUCGGCGGGAAAGAAAUCCUGUUGCCAGCAUCAUAUUGUUGUCGGACGGCGGCCAUAAUCAACGAGUCCAGAAUAACGCCACCUAUCAACGGCAUCGAUCCGGCCACCGGUCUUCAACCCGAUUUGCUCACAUUGAAAUUCCGGUACACUCAUUCGGAUUUGGCCAAAGCAGCGGCUACAGUCGCGAGCCGGCUGAAUACGCCUUUGCUAAAUGCGUGGGUGGGUUAUUAAGCGUGGUGGUACAAGACUUAAGAAUUCAGCUUGACUUCCAAUCCGGCUCCAAUCCAGCUGAGAUCACCGCCGUCUAUUCUUGCAACGGAAGGCCGACUCUGCUGAGUUCCGGCUCGGUGCGUCUUGGAGAUUUGUACGCCGAGGAAGAGAGGGAAUUACUCGUAGAAUUGAGAGUCCCGACAUUGCCGGCAGGGAUCCACCAUGUGAUGUCUAUUAGAUGUCUUUACAAGGAUCCAGCGACGCAGGAGGUGGCAUACGGCAGAGAUCAGGGGGUUCUCAUCCCUCCGCCUCAUUCCGGCCGAUCAACUGCUCCUAAAAUCGAACGGCUGAGGUAUUUGUUUAUUUCCACAAGAGCCAUAGCCGAGUCAAGGAGACUGAUCGAACACAACGAUUUAACCAGCGCGCAUCACUUGGUGGCUUCCGCUCGAGACUUGUUGGUUCAGUCGAACUCGAUUUUGGGUGAGGAGUACGUGAGAGCUCUGGAGGCGGAGCUGGCAGAAUUGCAGUGGAGGAAGAAGCAGGUGGUGCCGGCAAUCCAACGGAGGAGGACUAACGAGAGGGAGGCAGUGCCGGCUGUGAUCGAUGAAAAUGGUGAGCCGCUUACGCCAACUUCCGCUUGGAAAGCCGCUGAGACGCUGGCUAAGGUAGCCAUCAUGAAGAAGUCGAUGAAUCGAGUUAGCGAUUUGCACGGCUUCGAAUAUGCUAGAUUUUAGUUUAUUUUUAACUUCAAAAAAAAAAAAGAAAAAAAAAGGGAGGAGGAUAUAUGAAAAGCGUAUGCCAAUUAAGUAGAAUAAAAAUUAUUAGAUGAG